CCUCCAUCCACCCUCAGGUCUGUGCAGACACCUGCACCGCCUCCAUCCACCCUCAGAUCUGUGCUGACACCUGCACCGCCUCCAUCCACCCUCAGGUCUUCACCUCCAUCUGCUAGGCCGACACUUCCACCACCUCUGGGUAACCUUAGAUGGCCCGAUGUUUCAACCCAUCACCACGUCACCAUGUCACCAGAAACCCCUCGAAGACAAAUCAGGGACAACAUGUUUGUUCGCAUCUUAACACUGCUUGAGGAGAUGAAAGAGACUCAAAAAAUCCAGGGGAGGAUGCUACAAACGCUUCUACAACAGCGUGGCAACAUUAGCACCACCGUCUCUUCUACCCCAGAGGGUUUCCCCCUAAAGACAGUUAGAGAUGUGGAAUUCAUGGAAGAAAAACUGGCAAACCCAAACUUCAUGUCCGAACUGGUUGCAGCUGUGACUGACAUAGGGGGGGGAACUGUUGACAAGGCCACAAAAAGGAUGAUGACCUUCCUCCUAGACCAUGCCCUAUCCAGGCAGUAUAACUUUCUGGGCCGAAAUGGGAAGAGAGAGUUCAAGGCCUUAAAACUGUAUGAAGUAAUAUAUGGAGGCUUAAAGAAAAACGCCAUGACCAGCCAAAUCACCGUAAAGAUGCCGAGAAGGCGGUCUCCAAGUGGCUCAUUGGUGCUAGGGACCGGGGGGGUAAUAGACAGGCCCGACAGGCAACCCCUCAACAAGGACUUCAGACUUCAGGCUCAUUUGAGGUGGAAAGAAACUAAUUCUGUCUGUGACAGUGAGGGAACACUGUACAAAAGCAUGUUGUCAUAA